GAGUGAUUGCUGAAACGACGAACUUGUUUCCAUAGAGAGAGAGAGAGUGUCUGUGUGCAAGAAAAGUCUUCUCUUUCACACCUUUCGUUUUCUCGAACCUCUCCUUUUUAAAGAUGGUGGAGGAAUCUUGGGUUUGACAACUCAUUUAACUUGAGACCUCCCCCAUCUCCUUUCUUUUUAACCUUUCUUUAGCAUCCAACGGAAGGGAACCUCUCUUCAUUCUCUCUCAAUUCCUCUUCUUCUAUAUCAACCUUGAUUGAUCUUCUUAUGUGGGAAUUCUAAGAUGGGAUUUGAGUAAAAGCUUCACUUCUUUUUACAUUUCUCUGAGUGAAAGUUUUGUUCUUUUUUAUUUGGGGGGGAGAGGGAAAUUAGGGUUCUUGGAGGGGAAGUGAGGUUAUUAAAGACAUGGAGGAGAUAGAAGGAACGAACAGAGCAGCUGUAGAGAGUUGUCAUAGAGUUCUUAAUCUUUUGAAUAAACCACAGCAGCAGCAGCAGCAGCAGCAACAAGAUCAUGUUGGGUUUGAGAGGAAUUUGGUGUCUGAAACUAGAGAAGCUGUGUUUAGGUUCAAGAGAGUGUCGACUUUGUUGAGCACUAGUGUUGUUGGUCAUGCUAGGUUUAGAAGAGCCAAGAAACUUGAGACCCAUGUGUCUCAAACCUUCCUCCUUGAUCCUUCUUCUCACCAAAGAACAGAACUUGCAUCUUCUUCAUCUCAGAAACCACCUGUUCUCCGGUCUGGUUUCCAGGAAUUGAGCUUGAGACCUUCAGAUUCACUCACUUUAGGGACCAAGUCUUUCACUUUGAACCCAAAUGCUAAAGCUCCUCUCCUUCAGCUUAACCAGCAGCCAAUUCCUUCUUCGAAUUUUUCCAAUCUGUUUCCAGACAAACAACAACAACAGCAGCAGCAGCUACAGAAACAACAGCAGCAGCAGCAGCAGCUACAGCAGCAACAGCAGUUUCAUGAACGGUUAAAAGCUCACCAUCUUCAUCAGCAGCAACAGCUACAGAAACAUCAAGCUGAGCUUUUGCUUAGGAAAUGCAAUGGUGGGAUAAGUUUGAGUUUCGAUAACUCGAGUUGUACUCCAACCAUGUCAUCCACCAGGUCCUUUGUCUCUUCACUUAGCAUAGAUGGUAGUGUGGCUAAUCUAGAAGGAAAGAACUCUUUCCAUUUGGUAGGGGUACCGAGUUCAACUGAUCAGAACUCACAACACUCUAAGAGAAAAUGCCCUUUGAAAGGAGACGAACAUGGAGGCUUAAAAUGUGGGAACUCUAGCCGUUGCCACUGCUCUAAGAAGAGGAAACAUCGGGUUAGGAGAUCGAUCAGAGUGCCUGCUAUAAGUAACAAGGUUGCAGAUAUUCCUCCUGAUGAUUACUCAUGGCGCAAAUAUGGUCAGAAGCCCAUCAAGGGCUCUCCUUAUCCAAGGGGAUAUUACAAAUGCAGUAGCAUGAGAGGUUGUCCAGCGAGGAAGCACGUUGAGAGAUGUUUGGAAGAUCCGGCAAUGCUUAUUGUUACUUAUGAAGCAGAGCAUAACCAUCCGAAAUUGCCAUCUCAAGCUAUAACAACUUAAGACUCUAUUAUAUCUAUCUUUGUCGUCCAGCAAAAACUUUCUCAUGUAUGUUCUCUUUUAGCAUUGCUCCAAUGUUGUGAUAUAUGGUGGGGGCAAAUGUUUUUGUUGGGGUGGGAUUUGAAUGUGAGAGUUUGCUGCAAUUGUUGGGUUUGAUGAGUUAAAAAGAAGGGGUAAAUGUAGGAUUUGUCAAGACUCUUUCUCUUUCUAAGUUUAUUGGCUCUUAAUGAUUCAAGUUGUUCUUAUU